UUGCCGUCCUCUUUAGGGAAUUACCUUGACCAGUAGCAUUUUAUUCCAUUCGAGGGUUGGGAUCCAUCCAGACAACUUCAUAUAAUUCUGAAAAAUCCCCCCCUCGCACACUCUCUUUACCUCUAUCCUUUACUGGGUCAGGAAAUCAAGUCAUCGUUCAGUUGCUUCAGUUGCGUACAGAUCAUUUCGUCAAUGCGAAAAGGGGAAUACCUGGAAUUUUCAAGUUGAAUUCCAGUGGUGCGGUACCCCUCUAUCAACUGCGGCGCACUUUCGCGUUGCUAGCAAUCGUUUAGCAGCAAUCGUUUAACGAGCCGCAACAGACAGUCGCUUUUCUUGAGACAUUGAUCAAUAUUGCGGUGAACUCGAUAUUCAAGGGACCAAUGAAGUUUUAGCUACCCACAACAAUAUUGUUGUCAUCCAUCUAACCCAACCAAGCUACCCUUCUCGGUUACCAAGACUUCACUUCUUCUACUCGUUACCUCGAUUUACAUACACUCACUCCAGGUUAAAGUCUUUCUUAGGAAAUACUUUACAAGUCAACUUUGAAGCAAUCGCAACUAGGAUGGACCCUAAUAACCGCCUCUAUCUUAACUUCAACAGUAACGAGCAGCGGCUUGGUUCCUCAGACCGCCAAUAUCCUACCACGCCCUCUACCUUCCCUCAGCCCGUCUUCCCAAUGUCUUCGCAACAGAAUCUUGCUGCCCAGCAGUCUCAAGCUCCUCAGCAGUAUGCUGGUGGUUAUGCUCCCCAGGGCAGCUAUUUUGCGCCUAACCCAUAUCAGGCUCCCGCCGACUACGGUAGUGCCCAAGCUACAGGAGCAUAUCAGCCUCGAUCCAACACUCCGGGGACCAAUGAUCCCAAUGUCGGCCUGGCUCACCAGUUCUCCCACCAGAAUCUAGGAGGUGCCGGUAGAGGUGGUUCCUAUGGAGCGCGAGGUCCUUCGCCAGGUCAGCGACCCCGAACUUCAGGCUCGUCUGGCCAGCAACCUGGUUAUAACUAUGCGAAUGCUCCUCCCAUGCCCGGUCAAGGUUCCCGCUACCCAGAUUUUCAGCCUGCGCCCGAGCGAAACCCCGAGAAAUAUGGUCUCAAUGCAAACAACAACCAGAAAAAGUGUUCACAGUUAGCUGCGGAUUUCUUCAAGGAUAGCGUCAAGCGCGCUCGCGAGCGCAACUUACGACAGAGCGAGAUGGAACAGAAACUCUCAGAACCUAACCAAUCCUCGUCGAGGCGCGAACAGAUUUGGCAAAACGGCGGCAAAAAGGAAGCACGCUAUUUACGGUUCUUGCGAACUAAGGACAAGCCUGAGAAUUAUACUACAGUUAAGAUCAUCGGAAAGGGUGCUUUCGGAGAAGUCAAACUUGUCCAGAAGAAAGCCGACGGCCAGGUCUAUGCGAUGAAGUCUCUAAUUAAGACCGAAAUGUUCAAGAAGGAUCAAUUAGCCCACGUUCGAGCUGAGAGAGACAUCUUAGCCGAGUCUGACAGCCCCUGGGUUGUUAAGCUCUUCACGACGUUCCAGGAUGCCAACUUCCUCUAUAUGCUGAUGGAAUUCUUGCCUGGUGGAGAUUUGAUGACGAUGCUUAUCAAGUACGAAAUCUUUUCCGAAGAUAUUACACGAUUCUAUAUAGCAGAGAUCGUGCUAGCUAUCGAAGCCGUUCAUAAGCUUGGUUUCAUUCACCGUGAUAUCAAACCUGACAAUAUCCUUCUUGAUCGGGGCGGACACGUCAAGCUUACCGAUUUCGGUCUAUCUACAGGUUUCCACAAGCUUCACGAUAACAACUACUACCAACAACUUCUACAGGGCAAAUCGAGUCGGCCUAAGGAUCGGAACUCGGUUGCACUUGACCAGAUUAACUUGACGGUCAGCAACCGUUCCCAAAUUAAUGACUGGAGGAAGUCUCGAAGACUGAUGGCGUACUCAACCGUGGGUACCCCUGACUAUAUCGCACCCGAAAUCUUUACAGGGCAAGGUUACACCUUUGAUUGCGACUGGUGGUCGUUGGGUACCAUCAUGUUCGAAUGUCUUGUCGGCUGGCCGCCGUUCUGCGCGGAAGACAGCCACGACACAUACCGGAAGAUUGUCAACUGGCGACAAUCACUUUAUUUCCCAGACGAUAUCACGCUUGGAAGAGAGGCUGAGCACUUAAUCCGAAGUCUCAUCUGCAAUACUGAGGUGCGACUUGGAAGAAGCGGGGCUCAGGAGAUAAAGAGCCAUGCGUUUUUCCGCGGUGUCGAAUUCGAUAGUCUUCGACGUAUUCGAGCUCCAUUUGAACCUCGUCUAACAUCAGCCAUCGACACAACCUAUUUCCCAACAGACGAGAUCGAUCAAACGGACAAUGCGACGGCUUUGAGAAACCAGGCGAUCGCAGGUGGAAAACCAAUUGAAGAGUCACCCGAGAUGAGCUUACCGUUCAUCGGGUACACGUUCAAGCGGUUCGAUAACAACUUCCGUUAAGCGUGUGGUUGAUUUACCUAGUCUCGACUAUUCGGCCCGUUCCGAACCUAGUUGGUUUGUGAUCUCUAAGAGCUGAGGUUAGGACAAUUGAGGAUUUGGACUUGGAGGGGGUCGUGGCUUAGGCCAAUAGAUUGUCUGGCAUAUCCCCGAAUCCAGGAAAUAAUGUUGCGGUGAGACCUGGUAGUCCCGUGCCGAAGAAAAAAGAAGAAAAAAAUAUUGAGCCACAUCUCUGAAAUGAAGACUUGGUAGUCUGAUUACGUUAAUAUCUUGGCCGCUAACUCAUGAGACGAUACUGCGUUUGUAUUUGCGAUGUUUUUGAUGCGUGAUGAACUAGAUGACAUAGCAGUAAACUACUUACGAGUAGUUGGUCAACGUGGCUACUGAACGGUUACUAUUAUCUUGUCUCUACUGUGAGCUGUGUGUAAAUACCUUGCUAUCCUAAAUGAAAGUGUAGUUGCUGUAGCU